UCAUCGCAUCUGCGCGACAGGACUCCCUUUGCAGGGGACAGUAACAAGCCGAAGAAGCGGUGCACACACUGAUACGAUGGAUUUCAAUCUCAAAAAGCUUACUUCUGAUGCAGGAGUCUUCUUCACUCGUGCAGUCCAGUUCACAGAAGAGAAGUUGGGCUCUGCGGAAAAGACUGAGCUCGAUGCCCACUUGGAGAAUCUGAUCGCCCGGGCCGACUGCACGAAGAACUGGACUGAGAAGAUCUUCAGGCAAACAGAGGUCUUGUUGCAGCCCAAUCCAAGUGCGCGUAUAGAGGAGUUUUUCUAUGAGAAGUUAGAUAAGAAGAUCCCAUCCAGGACAACCAAUGGAGAGCUGCUGGGACAGUAUAUGCUGGAUGCUGCUAAAGACUUUGGCCCAGGGACCCCAUAUGGCAGUACCCUGAUCACGGUGGGGGAGUACCAGAGUAGACUGGGCGGGGCGGAGCGGGAGUUCCUCCAGACCUCGGCUAUCAACUUCCUCACUCCUCUCCGCAACUUCCUGGAGGGAGACUGGAGAACCAUAUCUAAAGAGAGACGUCUCCUAGAGAACCGGCGGUUGGACCUGGACAUCUGUAAAGCACGUGUCAAGAAAGCCAAGCAAGCCGAGGCUAAAGCAGCAGCCGAGCCCGAUUUUCAGGAGACUAGGCCUCGAAAUUAUGUUCUGUCUGCGAGCGCAUCUGCGCAAAGCAGUGGUGGCUGGGAUAGUUGGGAUCUGGAAGAUUCCAAAGAGUCGGCCAAUGUGAUGGAUCAGAGGAAGCUGUGGAGUGAGGAAGUGGACAAAGCGGAGCAGGAGCUGCGUGUGGCUCAGACAGAGUUUGACAGACAGGCCGAGGUCACCCGGCUGCUACUGGAGGGCAUCAGCAGUACACACGUCAACCACCUGCGCUGCCUGCAUGAGUUUGUGGAGGCCCAGGCUACAUACUAUGCCCAGUGUCACCAGUACAUGCAGGAGCUGCAGAAAGAACUGAGCAGUGCUAACAGCGAUACGUACCCAAACUCUUUUGCCUCGAACGCCAACCCCUCCACCUCUGCCACAUGCCCCUCCCCCGUCUCCUCUAACAUCCUGCCAGGGGUCUCCCCCCCAUGCCUGGCCUCCACCUCCACUCCUGGCAUCGCUCGGGAGCCUUCUGGCCCGCUGAAAAUCCAGGAUGUGCAGCAGCCUUCCACAGGCCACCGCAAGGCCAAGGUCCUGUAUGACUACGACGCCCACGACACUAGUGAGCUCUCCUUACUGGCCGACGAGCUCAUCACUGUCUACACAGUGCCAGGCAUGGACCCAGACUGGCUCGUGGGUGAGCGGGGCAACCAGAAGGGCAAGGUGCCCGUCACCUACCUGGAGUUGCUGAGCUAGAUGGACCCACGUAGGGACACACACACACGUACACACACGUCCUGAAACGCACGCUCGCAUACGUACACAUGCCUCUACUCUAUGGUCACAUGGCACAGGAGGUUGGUGGCACCUUAAUGAGGAGGACGGGCUUGUGGUAAUGGCUGGAGUGGAAUAAGUAGAAUGGUAUCAAACAUGGAAAGAUGCCAUUCCAUUUACUCCAUUCCAACCAUUUUUAUGAGCCGUCUUCCCCUCAGCAGCGUCUGCUGUCUCAUGGUGCGCAACACACUUACUUUGGUCUCUGGCCAAUUCAAACGCAUAUGCAAAAGGAUUCAAAAGCUAAAUGAGUGGAUAUAUAGCGCAUCAGAAGGGGAACAGUUGUAAAAAUAGUGAAUAGUCUAUAUUCUAGCUCUAUAGUUGCUCUUUUCCCACUAGCUAUUUGGAAUCCAUCCACCUUGCACGCUCUCUUUCUUUCUCAUUGAGAAAUGACAGGAGCCGCUCGAAUAAGGAGGCAUAUCUGGGUAUAUAGUGUAUAUAAUAGACCGGGUUUGAACUCUCAAUAUAUAGAGGAAAGGUCCUUCUUGUUUUAUUUCGUUUUUCAACCAAGCUAAUUUAGUCAUAGUUAGUCACCAUUACUUGGACAUUUCAAAGCCAUGGGGGGAAAAAGUAAAACCGCCUGUAAAAUCCCCCAGCUGUAGGCCUGUAAUGCAAACAUCAUCCAGAGUGACGCAAAUAUUUAUCUCUCCAAGGUGUUAUUAGCCAUUGGCUAUCACAACAUAAAAAAUGAAUCUUGAAAGAAAGAGACUGCUGUACAGUAUGCUAACAGAAGGUGACUCAUAUUGGCUGAGUCAUAAACAGGUGAUGAAAGACGAGAGGAAUAGUUGAAUUUCAGUUCUUAUGUUUUCUGACUGGUUGCAUUCGGUUUAUGUACGUACUGUAUUUACGUGGCUUUUAUUUCUUAGGUAUCACUGUUUUACUUUUUUACGAGUGUUCCCCUAUCUUGCCCUAUUUGUGAGGAAAAGGACAAAACCAUGGUAACGUUAUUAAACUAACAAAGGUUUAUGCAAAUCAAAGUAUUGAGUUGCUCUCUCAGUGGGUUGAUCCGUUGUUGAUGUUUGCGUGUCAUUGUUGUUUUUGUUUAUCCACUCUGGUUGCUGAUGUUUGUCGAGUUUGGGUGUGUUUUACUAGCUAUCAGGUCUUAAUGUUUGUCUUUUUGAAUUUGUAGAUGUUUUGAAAUGGGUGUAGUUGUAUGUAAUAAGUUCAGACCUGUGGUUUCCUUUCCUCCCUGAUCUCCCUUUACCCCUGUGUGGGUCGCCAUCUCUCCCUGAACCCCUCAACAUUUCCUCCUGUCAGUGUUACCAAUAUGCUGUUGUAUUAUUAUUGUAUGAAUGGAACUUGUAGAAAAUUAACAACAGCUUGUUUAAACUGAUAAAAAAUAAGCACUGGAUAAUCUGACACAUUAAAACAAAACAACUUUUCAUUUAUGACAUUGUACAACUGAAUAAAAUGUUACAUUUCAA